AUGGGAAAGGCUAGCAAAGCCCUCAAGGCCUUCAUCGUCGGUAUACCGGAUGGUAAACUAUCCGGAUUUACUAGUGGUGAGCAUACAUUGUAUAGCGAUGCCGAUUUUCGAUUGGAUAAUCAAGGGCUCACCACCGGUGAUCCUCAAUACUACAACCUGCAUGUUCAAAUCAACAACCAGACUACCAUUUCCACACUGCAGCGAGAGAAGGGGGCGACCAUCGCAAACACGCUAGUCCCUACCGAUGGGUCAUGGACCCCCGAGCAAAUCCGGGUGGCGCUUCUGGCCAAUAUGAAGAUUUGA